CCUUAAUGUGUACCCGCAUUACAAAUGCCGCGAGCGUGCAGGUCCUCUUUCAGCUCCAGCCGCUUUGAACCCUAGAAACCCUAGCCAUGGCGGAGCAUGACUUAACCUCUCGCAUUGCCCCUCACCUCGACCGCCAUCUCGUCUUCCCGCUCCUCGAGUUUCUCCAAGAGCGGCAACUUUACGCCGAUGAAGAGAUCCUCAAAGCCAAGAUUGACCUUCUUAGCAAGACCAACAUGGUUGAUUACGCGAUGGACAUUCACAAGAGCCUUUACCACACCGAGGAAGUUCCGCAAGAGAUGAUGGACAGGAGGGCAGAAGUAGUCGGGAGAUUGAAAUCCUUAGAGGAGUCCGCAGCGCCGCUGAUUUCUUUCCUUCAGAACGCUGCGAACGUCCAGGAGUCGAGACCGGAUAAACUGUACAAUCUCCAGAUGCUUAAUGACCGCUUUCAGAUUGGUCAGGAGCAAAUUGAAGCUUUAUAUCAGUAUGCCAAGUUCCAAUUUGAGUGUGGAAACUACUCAGGCGCUGCAGACUACUUGUAUCACUAUCGAGAUUUGUGCACUAAUAGUGACAGAAGUUUGAGUGCUCUAUGGGGCAAGCUUGCGGCAGAAAUUUUGAUGCAGAACUGGGCCAUUGCUCUUGAAGAACUUAAUCGCUUAAAAGAAAUAAUUGACUCAAAGAAUUUUGCGUCUCCUCUUUAUCAGCUACAAAAUAGAAUAUGGUUGAUGCAUUGGAGUCUUUUUAUCUUUUUCAACCACGAAAAUGGAAGAAAUGGAAUUAUCGAUCUCUUCUUCCAGGAUAGGUACUUAAAUGCUAUUCAGACAAAUGCAAACCAUCUCCUACGUUAUGUUGCAACUGCUGUCAUUGUUAGCAAGAGAAGAUGGAAUAUGAUUAAAGAGCUUAUCAAAGUUAUUCAACAGGAAAACCAUGUGUUUAAAGAUCCCAUUACAGAAUUCCUAGAAUGCUUAUAUAUAAACUACGACUUUGAAGGUGCACAGCAAAAGCUUCAGGAGUGUGAGCAUGUGAUUCUCAAUGAUCCUUUUCUCGGUAAACGAGUUGAAGAUGCUAACUUUUCAACGGUGCCCUUGAAGGAUGAAUUCCUUGAAAAUGCUCGGCUUUUCAUUUUUGAAACCUACUGCCGCAUUCAUCAAUGCAUUGAUAUCGGCAUGCUUGCAGAGAAGCUCAACAUGAACUAUGAUGAGGCUGAGAACUGGAUUAUGAAUCUUGUUCAAAAUGCAAAGUUAGAAGCCAAGAUUGAUUCCGUUUCAGGAACUGUUAUAAUGGAAACCAGCAAUGUUAACGUAUAUGAGCAAUUAAUAGAGACCAUGAAGAACCUGAAUACGAGGACUUAUCUGCUGGCAAAGAGUUUGGUCGAUCAAACGCCACAGUCUGCACGUUAGAUUAAGCAGGUCAUUGGUUCCGACCUUUAUCUUUUUGUAGUUCAAAAGUCUGUAUUAUUUUAUUCGAAUAUAUUAGAAGUUUGGUAGGAUUAUGUGGUAGAUUCCUGUUGCUUUGUUAACUGAAUCAAUAUUUGAAAAUAUUCAUAGAAUCAAGCUUGGUUAUACUUUUUUCUUAUUUCUUGUCACAAAAUCAAGCUUUUCUUUGGAAUUUAAUGAUGAAACAGGCAAGUUUCUGCCA